GUGUUUCCAAAAUGGCUGUUCACCAAGGGUAAAGUUUAUUCACGAUCACUGUCUUAAAUCAUGGUAUAUAAUCCACAACUCAUCUUUUUUCCCCGUAGAUCGUCAUUAGCACAAACAAAGCAAAUCUUGUGCAGGUAUUACAUGCAUGGAGUCUGUAGAGAAGGAGAGAACUGCCAGUAUUCUCAUGAUUUGAAGGAAAAGCCCUCCAUGGUUUGCAAGUACUAUCUCCAAGGGUCAUGUUCAUAUGGAAAUAGUUGCCGCUAUGAUCACGUAAAGCCAUCUUCUGGAAGGAUAAGAACUUAUUCGGGACCAAAACCGAUACCACUUCUCCCAAAGAAUGAUGAUAAAAGAGAGAUGGUUUCCCUCACAAAGCAGAAGUCAAAACAUCCUAAGAACUGGGCAGAUGCAGCUGUAUUUGUUCCAGGCCAGGCCCUCAUGCGCAAAGGUCAGGAGUUGUCAGACAAACAGCCAGGGGAUACAGAUUCUGGUACAGGUACCCAAUCAUAUUCUGCAGCAGCACAGUGUGGGGUUGAAUUUGUGGAUGAGCUUGCUAAUGAAGAAGGUUCUGAAACACUCUGCCCUUUUGAUGCAACAUUAGGAUAUUGUCCUUUUAUUGAGCAAUGUAAUUAUUUACAUGGUUUGGAAUGUGAAUAUUGUGGGAACAAAUGCCUUCAUCCUUUUGACUUGACACAGCAACAAGAACAUCGCCAAAGCUGUGUUGAAAGUCAUGAAAAAGACAUGCAACAUUCAUUUGCAGUGCAAAGGAGUUUUGGUGUGACAUGUGGAAUCUGCUUGGAAGAGGUCAAAUCAAAAGCAAAUCCCAGUGAGCAAAGAUUUGGAAUACUCACUGACUGCAACCACUCUUUCUGUUUGGCUUGCAUUCGUCAUUGGAGAAAUACAUCUCAAAGUAAAAACAAAGUUGUAAGAAUGUGUCCAGUUUGCCGAAAACCAUCUGCAUUUGUUACCCCGAGUGAAGUGUGGAUUGAUGAUCCAGUCGAGAAGAAGAAGCUUAUAGAAGACUACAAAUCUGCUCUAAGGGAAAAGCCGUGUAAAUAUUUUGCGCAAGGAACCCGGACGUGUCAAUUUGGCGCUAGUUGCUUCUACAAACACGCAUAUCCAGACGGAAGAGUCGCGGAGACAAAGCUAAGGCAUUGCAAUACUUCAGAAGGAAAUACCAAGGUUGUACAAACCUUCAGAUUAUGGGACUUUCUUGAAGCCUUAGAAGACGAAAGAACUAGUGCAGAAAACACAAUAAUUUUUCUGCCAGACUCAGAUUCCGACACAGACUGAAACGAUCGGAGACUGACACAGCAGACUUCAGAUAAGGACACCUAACUGUGCGGAGGAGCCAAGGUUUCCCGAGAUGGUGCAUUGAUACUCCAAUAAACAACAAAGUUAAAAAAACGUUAAGUGCAGUACCUCCACUCUUUCAUUAGAAGGGUGCAAUUAUAUAUGCAUUUUGAAGCGUGUGUGAGUUGGCCUCUUGUUGUGUGACUACUACAUUCAACUACCGUAAUAAAUUUGCGAAAAAAGAUAAUAACUUAAAUGUAAGCGUACGGAAUUGUCUAGCGUGACUUAUGGUUCCUGUGGCGUGUAUUGCUUAAAUUCUACCUAAAAACUGUUAUGAAUUUGCGUAAACAGAUGUCUCAGGUGACGUCGUUCCGUUUAGUCAAUUCUUUGCAACGCAGUAUAGUACUCUCUUCAAAAUCUCAAACUGACGUUGAAACCCGUAACCAGUUAAGUCAGCCACCAUCUAUCUUCAGCUUUCAGUGGAAGCGCUCCCAAAGUAGAUCUAUUUUUUUUCAAUUCGUUCUUAUCAUUAAAGGAAUCGAUAACUGAUUCUUUCUAAAGACUGUGGUGAAGUUACUGAAAAUAAGUAGGAAUAAUAGUGUGUAAUCCUUAUAAAAAAGCGAAAGUUUGUAAUUUCAAAUUUUGUGGAUAGACACUUCAUUAGAAAAAAAAAAAUGCACACGUCAAAUGUUGAAUAAAGAAGCCUUCAAGGAGGCCCUUAUUA